CUUGUUCAGUUAUUAUCACAAACACUGAGGCAGUUUGCCAUCUCGGUCCACUAAAUCGUUAAUCGGCCCCCAUUGUUGCAGACAGGAUAUUAAAUUUCCAGUGGGAUUCCCAAUUUUUACAAUCGAUUUCAGCGUAUAUUGGUGACUUGUUUAUUCUUUGAAGCCCCUGUAGCAUGUCUGCUUGGUGGUUUCUUUAAGUACUUGGCUGCUAAAUUGUCAUCAUUGACUGAAAAGCUUUGGAUCACAUCACAAGCUUUCUUGCCAUGAUGCUGUUGUCAAGGACUGUUGAUCAGAUCCCUUAGGAGCCUGAUCCAUCUUGAGACCAGGAGAUAGUUGCUCCAUCUUUCUGCAUCCUUGCUCCUUGAUACCAAUCUUUGGAUCCGUGUUUGUUAUCUUGGGUUUUUUUUUUUUACUGUAUAAUAAGAACUGCUACAUGUACAUGCAGUGUAUGGUCUUUAGCUGAUGUGUUUGAGCAAAACUGAGCAGUGACUUUAGUCCACAGAACUUCAUGUAAAUUGAAGUUCAUUGAGAAACGUAUAUUGACUGCAUUGAUAAUAAACAGCCUGAAUAUGACAUCCUUAAUUGAACCAAAGAACAUCAAAUCAGUCAUCUUAAUUGUCAUCAUUGGCUGCCUUGGUGUAAAUGCCGUUUGCAAACCAGGUUGGAUAGAACACAGCUCAUCUUGCUACAAGUUCACAGAUAAUGGCACAAACUGGGAGAAUGCAAACACAUACUGCCAAGGGCUUGGUGGCAUGCUGUUGGUCAUUGAGUCAGAGGGAGAGAAUGAAUUCAUUGCAGAAGAAAUGAGAAAUUCAGGCAUGUCCAGCACCUGGCUUGGCUGUAAUGAUAUAAGCAUGGAGGGCGCAUGGGUGUGUUAUCCUGAAGGUGUCAAGAGCAUGCAGUAUGAGAACUGGGCAGAAGGUCGACCAAAUGACUGGAAUGGCCAGGACUGUGCAGCAAUAUACAAGUAUUCUGAGAGGCAUGGCACCUGGGAUGACAUAUCUUGCAAUGAGUGGAAUGACAUGUACACCAUAUGUGAGACAAGCAGCAGAGUCUCUGCCACGUCCUGCUACAUCCUGGGUCCUGAUGGCCGCAUUCAACCAUAAACCUGGGCCAAGCCUGCAUCUACAUACAUCAAUCCCCUUCUGUAUCCAGACACUGACUCACAACUACGUACAGGUUCUGUUGGUUUUACAUCAAUUUUAACAGUUUACUUGGAAAUAUCUCUUUUCUCCUACACUUAACACAAUGGCCAUUCAUUUGAAUUAUACAUUGCCCUGGAGAAACAAUGGAUGAUCCUUCAUACAUGUUUUACUGAAUGGACAAAAAACUCUUUAUUCUGGAUUCUGUAAUUUUGGCUGCUCUUGCUCAUAACAUUCUGACAAAACUGAAACACACAAGAACAUUGAGUUGUAAUAAUAUGGGCAAUGAACAGUUCAGUAGGAACUUUGCUCAAGAAUGAAAGCUAAGUGAGAAAACAAAAAAACUAACUUCAACAGCGUGGAUGUUGUUGCUUCAGCGAAGUUCGGUUUGAUGCAAAAUUUGAUCACAUGUCAUCUGCCAUCAAAGAUUGAUGGUAGUCUAUUGAUUUGUAUCUGAUGACGAAGGAUAAACACACUCAACAGUUCAGGCACUAAUAAAACUUCAUAGAAGAAAUUGACUGAAACAGUCCAUAUUUUGUUGCUUUAGCAAACUCUGCUAUGAUGCAAAACAGGAUCAUGUCAUCUCUAAUCAAGUCAGGAGGCAAUAUUGACUUGAUAAAUUGAGGAGAACCUUGAAACUAUGACAGGCUCAGCAACUGAUGUGUAAUUGAGUCUGUCAGUCAGAAAUGAUGAGUAGUUGUUGAUGGUAGAAGUCUUGAUUGUCUAAAUCUUGACACGCUGUCAUCUCUCUAAUGCAAUAACGUUACUGAGUCCAUUGUCACUCUACCUACCAGUGUUGUUAAACGGAAGUCUAUCUCAGACGAUAUUAAAUUUACCAAGCUUGAAAAGGCAGCUGACGUGCUGCAAACCAGAUAUCAGUUGAGCACAGUGUGUGAUUGCGGCAGUUGGUUCCAUAGUGGAAGGAUGUUCAGAACCAUGCUGUGAUAACCACACUGAAGA